AUGGUCAGCUUUGAUGUUGUUUCGUUGUUUACCAAUAUACCGAAGGCUUUGGCGUUGACGAUAAUUGAUGAGGAAUGGAGGCGUAUUGAGGUGUUCACUUCGAUUCUCAAACUCCUUUUCAUGGACAUUGUGACGCUUAUUAUGAAAAGUGGCUUUUUCAAGUAUGGAGGUAGUUUUUAUGAGCAAAUUGAGGGUAUGCCCAUGGGUAACUGCCUCUCUCCGGUCAUCGCGGACAUCAUCAUGGAUCGCGUAAUUGAUACUGCAGUCCAGACUGUGACCAUCCCACCUAAAGUUAUCUACAAAUAUGUUGAUGACUUGUUCCUCAUCACCCGCAAAGACAAUGUCUCAUCACUUCUUAAUGCAUUUAAUAAUGUACAUGAGAAGAUUAAAUUCACAUGUGAGUUGGAAAGAGAGGGCAAACUGCCUUAUCUGGACACCCUUGUGCAGAGAGGGACGGAUGGUGUACUAACAACGGAUUGGUAUCAAAAAACCAUGGCAUCUGGUCGGAUUUUAAAUUUUCAUUCUUCCCAUGCAAUGAAGCAAAAAAUGAACACAGCUGAUGGACUGGUUUAUAGGGUCAAUAACCUCACCACAAAUCCACUGACUGAUACUGAAGCAAUCGUCACCAAUAUUUUGAACAAAAAUAAUUACCCUAAUCACACUAUCACCAGGCUAUUGCGUAAGAGAGGGACAAAUUCAGCUGACGAUAGCAGCAAUAGCAACAUCGGCACGACAACGAAAAAAUUCUACUCCUUGUCAUACAUUCAUGGCUUAAGUGAGAGAAUAAAAAAGAUUGUGGGAGGUUUCACUCGUGACGUCACCGUUUCGUUCAAAUCUGAGAAUUCCCUGGGACGACUGUACCCUAAACUCAAAGAUGACAUUCCGACGAAGGACAGGUCCAAUGUAAUCUAUAGUAUCCCAUGUGAAUGCGGAAAAAUUUACAUUGGACGUACCUCACAAAAAUUGGACAACAGAAUCAAACAACACAAGCUGUCUGUUAAAGACUUUAGCAAAGAGGCCACGUCUUUGGUGCAUCACAUGAGAGGGGAACAACACAGGUUCAACUUUGAUCACACGGACAUUCUAGAUAGUACUAGGAGAGCACAUCAUCUCAAUGUGAUGGAGAUGUAUUACAUCCAGAGGCAUGAGAGUAGAUGUGUGAACAACCGUGCGGAGGGGAAUUCCCUCAACCACUGGUACUCCCCAUUGAUUUGGAGUUAUCCAAGGAGAAAGGCCAAACAGUGA